GCUCAUAAUAAAUAAUAACCAGAAUAAAAAAAUGUUACAUAAGUUUAUGAUGCGUAUGUAUAAUUCCAAUAAUUGCAUCGUAUGUGUAUAUAAUUUGCUUAUAUGUGCUAUAUUAGAGUAUACCAUAUUUGUAACACCCUAUAAAUGAAACAGCUCGUUUAAACGUAAUUCCUUUCCAGUGGAGGUUACUCAUUUAGUAAAAAAAUAGAAUCAGACAAAAGGAGACAGAGACCCUGCACCCCCCAUACGAACUCAUGCGAGCCGCCGAUCUUCCUUACACAAGUCGCAACUCAUCUCAUUGUCCUUCGAAUUUUUACGACAUUCAAAUAAACAUAAUACUUCAUGCACUUCACACAGAGGGUUUCUGGACGCUUUGAUUAUAUUGAUUGGGCUUUGUGUGCUGUUAGUGCGACCCUCCGCACAUUGUAAGCGGUGAAAAAUCUCAGUUGUUUUUUUAAUACUUACAAACCGCGAAAGUACGGUGCAGCAGCAUUCGGAUUUCUAUCGUUUCUCUAAAAAAAAAGAGCUUUUGAAACAACUUUUUAACUCCAUUUUUGUUUCUCACAGCUUCUCCUCUGUGCAAGUUGUGUUACUUUUCGACUGCUACUAGAAAUAAUAUGAAUUGGGUCCUGGUGUUUUGGAAGUCCACUUCGACCGAUUCUAUUAGACAGCUCGUUUCUACAGACACCAACAUGCGAAGGUAUUUAUUGAAGGCAGAUCCUGAAGUUCAUAUAUUCAUCACACGUUUUCCAAAACUGAAGGCCAGACACUCUUUCAGCAACGAAGAAUGUGACCUAUAGAUAAUAAUGGUUAAGCUCAGAAAAACUGGACAGUACUAGUCGGGUCUGUUUUGUAGAAUAAAACCGCUAACUCUUAGUCAUCAUUCAGAAAUCUAAGGACAGACCUGAGAAAUUAACGUGCGCACUCUCAAAGAGUGGAGCACCACGGUAUACGAGCUUUAUAUUACUUUUGCCAAAUAUCUCCUAUGUCCUAAUAAUUAACAACCGCAUCCAGAGAUGGAUGAUGUGAUACUGAAUACAUGAUCUUUUAUUCGUCAGCGGUUCACUACCGGCAGGAGUGACGUCAGGCUUAGAUGCUACUCGAAAGAAAGACAGGGGCACUACCGUGCUGACAGAUAUGUUAUUAUCCAUUAUAUAUUUGCUACCAAAUUUAUUUAUUUUUUUUAAAUCGAACAUUUAUGGGAACUGGUCUAUUAGUCAUUCCAAUGUUAAUAUCGGCUUAUCUACUGGAUAUAACAUAUUUUUGUUUCAGUAAUUACCUGUAACUUCUUUGACAUAGUAUCCAGAAGCUGUGCACACAGAUUUGUAAACAUCUAGCGGAAUCUGUAUUUCAUGGCUUGUUAUAUGUAUGUUUGGCACGGCAAUGAAGCGUGCAUAUAUUAUUAUUUCAAUUUUAAUUUCAAUUCACAUAUGUUGUGCAGCACAUAUCGUUGGCGGAGAUCGAGCUAGUCAAUGAAGUCAGUUAACCGGCGAGUCUUUCAACCAUAUAAAAAAAAUACAAUAAUUAUAUGUUGUCCAGUAGCUUAGCUGAAACUGUUCUCAUGAGAAUCGUGUCUCGUGGGCGUCCCCUUGGAAGGAUACUAGAAAUCUGCACGUACUUUUGCACCAUACGGAAAGGGUGUGCUAUCUCCAUGCCGUCACUCAACAUCCAUUGAACGCUGUUAGUAAAUAAGCGUACUAGUCACUUUCUACCUCUCUUCCCCAUAGCCCAGCUAAACAAAAUCGCGGUCGGCUAUAUGCGAUCGUGCCACAUAUAAAAGUUUUGCACAUUUCUCAUGACCAUAUGGGAAACAAGUGCAAGGGUGUUUUCACUAGCAGUUUCCGUUAAAAUCCACCUUAAAUAAGCAUUCGAAAUUGAAUGGGCCCUGUGGGCAAGAAUAUCGAAUAGAAGGGAGGAAGUUCUGAGAGAGUUCAUUUGGUCGGCGCCGGCUGCAGUGAGUCUUGAGGUGGAGCCAUGUAGGCUAGAUUGUACCGGAUUUCCUGGAUCUUGUUUGUUAAUGCUGUUUCCGAAUAUCCGAGGUAGAGGCAACUCAGUUCCUCAGAAGUCAGAAACAAGUGAACUAUGGAUAACGUGGAAAAGUGAUUGUGAGAUCUGGGGAAUGGGGAUGUGCAACUAGUAGUCGAGACUCUCUAAGUGCUCUGUGAUGAUGUCACUUUUGCACGUUGCAGCAACGCCGAUGCGAUGAUGCCAAGGCUGUCGGCGGGCUGAUCUAGCUUCCACUAUGGAAUUUAAUGAUUGAAGGACACACCGAUCUUCAUGAAAAUACAAACUCAAUUGGAUUCUUCAACAACCGGCAUCAACAUGUUCGAAGUGGAACUUGACGAGACGGUAGCUAAAGGCCCGCUUGAAGAUAUUCUGCAUGAGACGCUCACUGCGGAAUACGUGCCACAGUCGCAGCGUAAAAGGCCGAAGCGACUAAAGCAGCCUGGAGUGUGCUACAUGUCCGACGGAUACUCAAAGGUGGACUUUGUUCUCGCGUAUGAUCCGACAAGUAAAAUUGGACAGAAAAAAAGAGACAUCUAUGAACAGGAGUUGAUCCGGGCAGGGCUCAAGCUCGACUAUGCACAGUCGAGUCUAUCUCGUGGAGGGUUGAUGUUUAUCAAAAUAAGUGCACCAUGGGAGGUUCUCAGUACGUACGCUGAAGUGAUGCGAUUCAAAAUGCCCGUCAAAGAGAGCUGCCUCAGAAGACAGGAGUGGGAAGCUAUCAUUGAAAACAUUAGCCAAUCGCCUAAACAGCGUGAGGGGCAUCUAUUGAUUGGUGAAAAUGAGGAAAAUGAAAAAGCACUGGCAGCAUCAAGACUCAGUCUCCAGCCGAGGCCCACGAAGAAGAUGAUGCACAAACAAUUUGCCGUCACAUUUUCGAAAACCAGGGAGUAUCUUUUCGACAUUCCCGAAGUAAAGGAAGAGUUCUUCACUUCGGCACAGCGAUCUCAAAUCGUCAACUAUGUCCUCCAACGCAAGACAUUUUCGCGUACGCAGGGUGAUGACACGUACGAUUUUGGCAUCAAUCGUCUUUUAGCCGAUCUGACGUAUUUGGCCGCCUAUCCAGUACAUGAAGGUUCAAACACGGAAAAUGACAAUUCGUUGAGAAACCGUCUACUUUCAGAGUGGGCAUCGAUAUUUUCGACGUUCCAAAACCAGCCGCUGGACGAUAUUCGACGAUAUUUCGGUAUUAAGGUUGGACUGUAUUUCGCCUGGCUGGGUUUUUAUACUUACAUGCUAAUUCCAGCAUCAUUCGUCGGGAUAUUAUGUUUUGCAUACGGCAUCAUGACAGUGAAGACCAACGCUCCCACGCUUGACGUGUGCAUCAAUGACAAGAAUAUCGUGAUGUGCCCGAGCUGCGAUGACGGUUGUGAGUACUGGCAACUGAAGGAGAAUUGUAAACACUCAAUGAUGACGUAUCUAUUCGACAAUGCGGCAACGGUUUGUUUCAGUAUCUUUAUGGCCCUCUGGAGUGCGGCUUUUUUGGAACUCUGGAAAAGAUACUCUAGUCGAAUUACGUAUCAAUGGGACCUAAGUGGCUUCGACACGCUGGAAGAGAACUCCCGACCAGAGUACGUUGCUAAGAUGACCGCCCUCAAAAAAAAGCUCUUAGACGACGGGGGUUACUCGGAUCGUUUCAAACCGCAAUUUUGGCGACGAAAGCUUCCCUAUACGAUUUUCUCUGUAUCCGUCAUUCUCCUUGCAGUGCUGCUCUGUAUAUCGGCUGCGAUUGGAGUCAUCCUUUAUAGGAUGACGUUACGAGCGGCGCUCGCUCUUAAAGGGGGCGACGACGUCUAUACGCCGGUCAUUGUAUCAUCAACGGCUGCCUUUCUUAACCUGAUGUGUAUCAUCGGUUUCAAUAUGCUCUACUCGCGACUAGCCGUCAAGCUAACCGAUAUGGAAAUGCCGCGCACACAAAGUGAAUAUGAUGAUUCGCUUACUCUGAAAAUGUAUCUUCUGCAAUUUGUCAACUGCUAUUCGUCCAUAUUUUACAUCGCACUCUUCAAAGGAAAAUUCGUGGGCCGACCCGGGAAGUACAACUAUGUAUUGGGUUCCUACCAGCAGGAAGUUUGUGGAACUGGAGGAUGCUUUCAGGAAUUGUCUAUCCAGCUAGCUGUUAUUAUGAUCGGCAAGCAGGCAUUUUCAGCUAUCUACGAAUUCUUCUGGCCCGCCUUCAUGAGGAUGCUGCAGAAAAAAGGCAUCAGGAAGCGAACUAUUUACAUUGAUAUCAACCUAGAUGAAGAUGCCGCUCAGCAGAAGAUGACGGCCGACGGAGCUGACGUCGAUGACGAAAGACCGUGGGAGCGCGAUUAUUGCCUUCCUGAAAUGGGCCAAACUGGCCUAUUUUUUGAGUACCUCGAAAUAAUCCUACAGUAUGGAUUUGUGACACUUUUUGUUGCUGCGUUCCCUGUUGCGCCACUGUUCGCCUUAAUCAACAACAUCUUUGAGAUUCGACUUGACGCGAAGAAACUACUGAACCAGUUUCGAAGGCCUGUCGGGCAGCGUGUGAAAGAUAUUGGAGUAUGGUAUAGAAUACUAGACGUGUUAGGCAAGCUCGCCGUCCUUAGCAAUGCCGUAAUCAUAGCAUUUACCUCGGAGCUCAUCCCUCGACUGUAUUAUAUGCUCAAGUACAACCCAAACCACGAUCUAUUUGGAUACGUCAACUUCACCCUGUCCACAUUUGACACAAACCAUUAUGGCCCCAACGUAAAACACAAAAAAAAGUCUGAAUUGCUUGGCAAUUCAACAUUUUGCCGGUAUUCGGAUUACCGCACGCCGCCAUGGGACGAUAACCGUACUUAUAAACGAACUAUUGUUUUCUGGGAGAUCUUUGUGUGGAGGCUGUUGUUCGUUAUCAUAUUUGAGAACGUUAUUGUGAUUUUGACGACAUUAAUUCGCUGGCUGAUCCCUGACAUCCCACGCUCGAUCCGUGAAAAGAUUCGCGAGGACAACCGGCUCACCAACGAGCUCAUCAUUCUACAGGAACUUAAAAGGAGGCAACAGGAAAAAACCCUGCACAGAACAUUAUCCGGAUAAGACGGCAAUGGAGAUCGCAUACACAAUCAACUGGCUUUGGUUUUACACGGGAACUGUCACGCACGCCUCGUUUAUUACCGAAACACCGAAAUUUAGACGUGAGAACGUACGUGAAUGGACGAGCAAAAGUAAUUUAAUUCAGUUUACGGUAACGAAGACGAUAGCAUUGAUAAGUGCUCUUUAGCUGCCGAGUUCGAACUAAUCAGAUACGACACAAUAUUGAUAGACGACGCCAUUUGAAAUGAUAUUAUUCCAAGAUAAUUCAAGAUAAAUUCCAACUAAAUGAGUAGUUAAAGUUCGUAAAGUAAGGUCUGUGUGUGCUUUAUGUAGCAUUUGUUAACGAAUGUCACAUUGUUGGGUCAUAAAAGAAGUUCUGUCACCUUUAACUUUGGACCUCUUUUCCUAUCUAGAUUAUUCACGGAUUGUAGACGUGAAGAUAAUGUUAAUAUAGAUCAUUUAAUAGAAACAUUCCCAGGAAUCCCGUGUAACAUCUUCGUGCCAAAAAGGAUUUUUUCAGCAAUAAAAAUAAUAAUAAUAAUCAUAUAAACAGUAAUCGACAUGGCUAAGUUUAUAUUCCGUGUUUAGGUUUCAUUUCUCACGUACAAUGCUGUUAUAAAGGUACUCAAGUUAGAGAAAUUAAUAAUACAACUUUCAAGAUCUUUUGAACAGGUUUUACAAUUUGUUAGCUGAUAAAUAAAGUACAUCUUUUUGAAUUAUAAAUAGGUCAUACGAAUGAAGUUACUCCCUAUAGAAUUUGAACUAUUGUGACACUCCGUUUUAGAAAUGGUGGAACGUGUCUAUGCCUAUAAGACUUGCAGGAACAUCAGGUGGUUUAUUGUGGAGCACCUUGUGAAAAGUCUCAUAAGCGUUUUUUUUCUUAUUUUUAAUCUGCGCUUCGGCAUAUCGCGCUAUAAAUAAAUCAAGCAGCAUUCAGUAGCUAAAGGACGUGCAACUAGGAUCCAUAAAUCAGGUGUCCGACAGACCUGCAACAGCAGAAAAAAAGCCAGCAGGUAAAAUCCAACUUACUCUGCGUGUGUAUUCAUGCAGAUUUUCAUAUCUGAUAGUUGAAGGGCCAUAACGUAGAACGUGUUAAGAAAUUGACGCACACAUGCUAAAGAGCUCAGCGACGGGUAGUGAGUUGUUGGGUAAAAAGCUGCUUGAGAAGAAAUUACUGUUUACACUGAAGAUUUGUUAACCACAGGUCCUGUUUUUUAUUUUUUGUAUAUUUUAGCAAUUUAGUGUGUCCUAUGUAAGGGAACUGCGUUUUGCGCUCAUAUUGUUUUGGAAAAAACUGUGUUUAAGUUGUGAUAAAUAUUAAAUGAGACUACUAUAAAGCGAAAAUGAAAUCUCGAAGGUGUAAGGUGGGUGAAUAAGAUUAUACUGGCUUUGUCAUGGCAUUCUGCCAAUUUCAGUUACAAGAAAUAACUUUUAAGCCUUUAAAAUUUAAACAAGAGCUCUAGUUGUGUUGGUCAGCUAUUAGAAAUAAUUCUGACGAUAUUUCGUUCUUAUGAGAAGAUGUUUGUGUUUAGAGAAACGUAUAAAUAAUCUAUAUAUAUUGCUGGAUUUAUCGUAGGGGAUCUUUUUUGUCGUCCAUGACUCUGUACGUUUACGUCACAGAAUGAAUCGUAAAUAUGGAUUGUUCAUCUUUUGCUCAACUGUGAUGGGAAUGUUUGUGCGGCGGCAUCCAUAUUGCACUCUGCAUAUUCCCGCCGUUGUCGACGAUUUUCUUCGCGAAUCUCUAAUUUCGACUCCGAUCGCCAUUUGCUUACGGCUAAUGAUUGAUGUGCAAUGUUUUGUUGGAAGAUCCAUACUAUUUUGAAUUUGUUUUUCUAUUUUUGGAAUGAAAUUUAUAAGAACAGGAAUAGAUGUUUGUUUUUUUUUUUUUUUUUUUUAUAUACGCGUUAGUUGAUCAUAUUUCGACAUGUGCUUCACUAUGAUUUGUUCGUUUCAUAUGUUGUAGAUAAGUGUACUGGUAGCUAAAAUAUGAUUUAUCGAACACACAUAUAUACGUAAGGGUCAAUUGCACAAUGGUAAUAAAAUGAUAUAUUUCUGCCUGCCUUCUUGUAAAUACGUGACUGAAUGCUAUGUUGGUUAGGAGAACUCUAACGAUUGUAACGGAGGGUUAGGUAUUCCUGUUUUAUCACUAUUACUUUUAGUACAAUCGCCGGUUCUUUUCACAGUAAUGAUAUUUUUCAAACUAUCUCUAAUAGGAAAUGUGCUCAAUGUUCUAUCGAAUUGAUUUAUGCGUAUCAAGUGUUAUCAGAGCUGCCGAACACACAUGAUCCGAUCUGAAAUACACAAAUAGAUCCUGGUACGCUUCGUUUUUUCGAUCGUUUGGAAACUAUUAAAUUUUUGAUUUAGCGAAAAGCUUCGAUAAAUAUUGUUAAUGAUGAAGUCACAGGUCACCUAUACUAGCUGGCGUUUAGCGCUGGCUAGUCUUCAUCUUGGAGGAAGCGCGAAGCGCAAACUUGGAUAAAACAUGUUCAGAUUUCUGCCUGAAGUAGUUGAUUUUUUCGAUGCUAUUAGAGGAAGUGCCUGUUAUAUAGACCAAGCGCCAAACUCAAAAACAUAAACAGUGCGUUAUGAGCAAAAGUAACAAUGACGACAACAACAAGUCUAGCCGUGAUUAUAAAAAAUAGGCACGAUUAUCUAUGUAUAGUUGGCCGGUGGUCGCGUAGUUGUGCGUGUCUAAAACUUUUGCGCAAUAUAAGUUCGUCAGGUGUCAUGACAGUCGGUCGAGAACUCGUUUACCAGCCGCGUGCCAUCAAUAUAAUUUUCUGUUAUCAACGAAUAGUCAUAUCUUGAGCGAUUAUAAUGAUAAUAAAUGUUCGCUUUGCAUGUGUAUUUUGGCGUAAA